AUGAACACAGCACCACGUCUGAAGACUCACCUGUCAGGUAAAGAACAAAUGGUUCAAAUCCCUAGCAAAUGUACCCAUUUGUAUUUCAUUUUGUAUUCCCAAAAGUUACCAUUUGAAUGCUAAUGCUGUCAAACCAUGAUGAUGAACUUGAUAUCCUUUAGUACAGAUGGGAUGAGAUUACAAGUCAGUGUAGAAUUAGUGUAACAUGAGCUUGUCUUGCGUGAAGGUUGGUGAAGAGCAGGUCUUCUCCUGGUUCUCCAGGGAGGGUGAGGUACCAGGUGAUGAGCACCACCCCUAGCCCCCUGUCCCCACUCAGGGCUCAUUGGCUGUCCGUCUACGAAUCGCUACAGGUAGAACUGUAGAAGUAAUGAAACAUUCAGGAGUAGCAGCAGAGUCAUAAUAGAGCUAUGUAGGACUCUGAGGAGUGAGUUUUAUCAUACUGUAGAUGAGCACUACAGCAGCUUCUACCCAGAGAAACAUCGACCAAUCAGUCUACUUCAGGGGCGACAUCUGCACCUGGAGGUGGGUCUGCUGAGGCCCCAGACCUGGACCCUGGCCUGGUUCUCCUGGUGCACUACUGUUUGGCCUACCCAGACACACAACUGGCCUGCUGGCUGCUCAUCUAUGAUGGGUAGGUUGUUCCACUAUAGUUUGUUUGUUUAUAUGCAACAGCACAGAGAAAGCACUGCAUAGAUGCAUGAAUCUCUAUACCACGUGAAUGAUGUGACAGUGAAAUUGCUGAUUAGAUUGAAAUGUCCAUAUUCUAUAGGUUUUUCCACAGCACCUGCUGCUCAGCGCCACUAAAUAACUGUCCCUAUAGUGAACAGGCAGUUAUUUUGUCUGAAGAAAACCUAAUUGUUUUGUCUUGUUUUUCAGCUGUCCCAGCCGUGGUGACUCCCAGGCCCCUCCCCCACCACCUGCCCAACCCCGUCACACCCGGAGGCUCAUAAUCACCACCUUCCAGUUUUUACCCACAGGAAGUCCCUCCCACCUGGAGGACCAGGAGGUCAGUCUCAGCCAAUGGUGUCAUAUUAUAGACUCAGCGUUUGAUACAGUACUGUGUGGUCAGUGCAUUUGAAUGUGUUCUCCUGUCCUCAUCAACAACAGCUCUACUUCAUGUGCUCCACGGAGGUGUGCUCCCCAGCAGACGGGGACUGUAUUGAGGGCUGCUUCAGU